AUGCGCCCCUCAUACUUUCUCUUCUCCCUCUUUGGAACCCUAGCCGCUGCCCAUGCCAAAGGCGUAGGCAGCAACGCCGCCACCGACGCGAACAAGGGCGUCACCCCUGAAUACGAGCUUCACUGCGGUCCGUUCACGGAAGGCUGCCGCAGCUUUUGCGGCUGCACAAAGGACGGGAAGCUGGCCCGAUUGGAUAGUAAAUACGCUUUUAUGAUUCACUCGAAAGACUUUCUGGCCUUUGUUAGGGGAUAA